CGCCGCGCCGCGCCGCGCCGCCCUCACUGCGCCUCGGUCGCCACGGUAACGCACCGGGGGCAGCGGCCUCGCCAUGAGCGUGCGGGUCGCGCGGGCUGCGUGGGCCCGGGACUGGGGCGCGGGCUGCCGCCGGGGCGCUUCGAACUUCCCGCUGCCUCCGCCGGGCGCCGUGAACGUGGCGGAGCUGCUGCGAGAUGCCACAGCCGCGGAGGAAGGGCCCCGGGAGGCGGCGGCGCGGCGGCGGCGGCCGCCGGGCCAGUGCUCGGUGCUGCUCUUCCCGGGCCAGGGUAGCCAGGUGGUGGGCAUGGGCCGGGGGCUGCUCGGCUACCCGCGCGUCCGCGAGCUCUACGCCGCCGCCCGCAGCGUGCUGGGCUACGACCUGCUGGAGCUGAGCCUGCACGGGCCGCAGGAGGCCCUGGACCGCACCGUGCACUGCCAGCCCGCCGUCUUCGUGGCUUCGCUGGCCGCCGUCGAGAAACUGCAUCACCUGCAGCCCGCGGUUAUUGAGAACUGUGUUGCUGCUGCUGGAUUCAGUGUGGGAGAAUUUGCAGCCCUAGUGUUUGCCGGAGCCAUGGAAUUUUCUGAAGGUUUGCAUGCGGUGAAAAUCCGAGCUGAGGCCAUGCAGGAAGCCUCGGAAGCUGUCCCCAGUGGGAUGCUGUCUGUCCUUGGCCAGCCUCAGUCCAAGUUCACCUUCGCCUGUUUGGAAGCCCGGGAGCACUGCAAGACUUUGGGCAUAGAGAACCCCGUGUGUGAGGUGGCCAGCUACCUCUUUCCUGAUUGCAGGGUGAUCUCAGGACACCUGGAGGCCCUGCAGUUCCUCCGGAAGAAUUCCUCCAAGUAUCACUUCAGACGCACCAAGAUGCUGCCGGUUAGCGGUGGGUUCCACACCCGCCUCAUGGAGCCGGCCCUGGAGCCCCUGGCCCAAGUUUUAAAGUCGGUUGGUAUGAAGGAGCCUCUGGUUUCCGUCCACUCAAACGUCGAUGGGAACAGAUACAGGCAUCCGAAACACAUCCGGAAACUGCUGGCGCAGCAGGUGGUCUCCCCGGUGAAGUGGGAGCAGACGAUGCACGCCGUCUACGGGAGGAGAAAGGGCACGGAGUUCCCCAAGACUUUUGAAGUAGGACCGGGGAAGCAGCUGGGCAGCAUCCUGAAGAGCUGCAACCUGCAGGCCUGGAGGUCCUACGGGCACGUGGAGGUUCUGGAGGACCCGGAGGACGACGGGACCUAGCCUGGCCCUGCAGGAGGGAGGGAGAGGGGGCCCCGGGAGGGGCUGCGGUGGGGGGGGGCCUGGACCGCCCCCUUCUGUAGGCUUCCUCCUCCCGGAGUGAUGGGGAGGCGUGGUCUGCAAAGUGCUUUGAAUGCCGCAUAAAAAGCGCUGAAAGUGUUUCUCCAGCUGACGGGGUGCACGUCUCCUUUUCUCCCCCUGGGGCGUGUGCGGUGUUGGGGGGAAAGAUGCCAGGAAGUCUUGGCGGGGUCUGGCUCCUCCCCCGCCAGCCCUGCCUGGGGUCACGGGGGCACCUCUGUGAAGUGGGCAGACACCGCCAGGCUGGCAGGUGGGCCUAGGGACUGCGAGGCUUGGCCUGUUGCCCUGUGGGUGCCGUGGGCAUACCGGCAUGGCCACGAGGCAGGCCGGUGCCACGCGGACUCCUCCGCUGCCCUGGUAGCCCAUGGACACCCACCGCCAGAACCUUCGCACUUUUGUCACUGAAUGCAAAGGGCUUCAAGACACAGUCGGCUUUGACAGCCAUUCUGUCCACCCCGUCCAUCACUCAGCAGUUGGGAGACCCGGGGCAGCAUUCGUUUGCUUACCCAACAGAUAGUAUUGAGUGUCUGCUGUAUGCCUGUGAACGAGUGGCCCCUGCCCUGGUGGGGAAGAGGGUCCUUAGCGAGGCGGGAGGGGUCUGGGGAGGCUGGCCGGGGGCCCUGUUGCCUCCCCCACCCCCAGGCAUCCCUUCACACGGUGAUCGCCGGGUGUCUACUGUGCGCCCGUGACCCAGCCUGGCACGGGCGAUCCUCACUGAGCUUCCCCGCCGGCCCCACAGUGGGAGCAAAGUGCGGGUUCUCUGUGGACGCAGCUCCUGCACUGAUACUAAGGGGUAAUCCUAAGCUUCUCGGUGGCUUUUUCGUGGAUCAGCGAUAGCGGAAAAACAUUGGUAAGAAACCGCCGCGUUUGUCUGGAAAUGUUGCUGUUGUGUGGGCACAUGUCAAAUCCUGGAUAGGUUUCUCCUUUUGAAUUCAGCAGUGUUUCUCAACAGGGGCCCCACUGGCCUCUGGGCGGAACUGGACCGCAUGGUGGGGGGCUGUGGCGCACAACGUGGACAGCCGUCCCCGCUCCUGGCCGCUCCACGCCCAUAGCACUUCCAGGCAUCGUGACCCCCACACGCCCACGUGUGUCCGCAGCCCCAGAGAACCCCUGCAGAUACGACCACGAACCCGGUUUUCUCCCUGGCCUGAAGGUGACCGCUCUUUGGAGUUCAGUGACGAAGUAACUCUCUCUUAAAAUUUUGUUGUGGAAAUUUUCAAAUAUUCACAAAGAACCUUGCUGUUAUUUUUAA